AUGACCCGAAAUACUGUUGGAGUUUGUCGAGAUAAAUUGAAGAAGCAUCUGCAGCAGAGGUUCAGUCGUGUGUUUGAGGGCGUGGCUAAAGCAGGAGACUCCGCCCCCCUGACCCAGAUCUACACAGAGCUCUACAUCACAGAGGGCGGAGCCUCAGAGGUCAACCAGGAACAUGAGGUCAGACUCAUGGAGACGGCGUCCAGGAGACCGGCCGCUCCAGAGACCAUCACAUGUGAAGAGCUCUUUAAACCCCGCCCACAUUCACCAGAGCCAAUCAGAGCGGUGCUGACGAAGGGCGUGGCCGGCGUGGGGAAAACAGUGUUGACUCAGAAGUUCAGUCUGGACUGGGCUGAAGGCCGGCCCCACCAGGACCUCCAGCUGCUGUUCCCGUUCACUUUCAGAGAGCUCAAUGUGCUCAGAGACACACAGUUCAGCCUGGUGGAGCUGCUGCACCACUUCUUCAGUUCAUCCAAACAUCUCUGCAGCUUCCAACAGCUCCAGGUGCUCUUCAUCUUUGACGGUCUGGACGAGUGCAGACUUCCUCUGGACUUCAGCCGAACCCGAGUCCUGACCGACCCCACAGAGUCCACCUCAGUGCACGUGCUGCUGGUGAACCUCAUCAGGGGGAACCUGCUUCCCUCCGCUCUCCUCUGGAUAACCACGCGCCCCGCCGCAGCCAGUCAGAUCCCUGCUGAGUGCGUUUCCAUGGUGACAGAGGUCAGAGGGUUCAUUGACCCGCAGAAGGAGCAGUACUUCAGGAAGAGGUUCAGAGACCAGGCCACAGUCAUCAUCUCCCACAUCAAGAGCAUCCGCAGCCUCCACAUCAUGAGCCACAUCCCGAUCUUCUGCUGGAUUCUCUCCACAGUUCUACAGAAACUUCUGGAACAAACAGAGGAACCAGAGCUGCCCCGGACUCUCACACAGAUGUACGUCUACUUCCUGGUGGUGCAGGCCAAAGUCCAGAACAUCAAGUAUCACCAGGGAUCAGGGGAGGACCUUCACUGGACUCCAGAGACCAGGGAGAUGGUGAAGUCUCUGGGAAAACUGGCCUUUGAGCAGCUGCAGAAAGGAAACCUGAUCUUCUACGAGAGUGACCUGAGUGAGUGUGGGCUGGACACUGCAGCGGCCUCAGUGUACUCCGGAGUGUUCACACAGAUCUUUAGAGAGGAGCCAGGCCUGUACCAGGACAAGGUCUACUGCUUCAUCCAUCUGAGUGUGCAGGAGUUUCUGGCUGCUCUUCAUGUCCAUCUGACUUUCUUCAGCUACAGAGAAAACCUCCUGAAGACACCACACUCAUCUGAAAGUCCUGAGUCUGAGGCCUUCUACCGCUCUGCUGUGGAUCAGGCCUUACAGAGUCCAAACGGACACCUGGACCUGUUCCUGCGCUUCCUCCUGGGACUGUCUCUGCCGACCAAUCAGAGGCUGCUGCAGGGUCUGCUGACUCACACAGGAAGUGAAGAGACCAAUCAGGAGACAGUAAAGUACAUCAAACAGAAGUUGAAUGAAAAGGGUCUGUCUGCAGAGAGAAGUCUGAACCUGCUCCACUGUCUGAACGAACUGAAUGACCACAGUCUGGUGGAGGAGAUACAGAUGUACAGGAAUGGAGGACUACUUCUCUUGUUAAAUUCUCCUGCUCAGUGGUCGGCUUUGUCCUUCGUCUUACUGUCCUCAGACUCAGACCUGGAGGAGUUUGAUCUGAGGAAAUACCAGGCCUCAGAGACAGCUCUCCUGAAUCUGCUGCCGGUGGUCAGAGUCUCCACCAAAGUCCUUCUUUGUGGCUGUGGUCUGUCUCCUCACAGCUGUGCUCCUCUGGCCUCAGUCCUCAGCUCCUCCAGUCUCACACAUCUGGAUCUCACUAACAACGACCUCCAGGACUCAGGAGUGGAGCUGCUGUGUUCUGGACUGAAGAGCGCCCCCUGCAGACUGGAGACUCUCAGUCUUUGUGGCUGUGGUCUGUCUCCUCACAGCUGUGCUCCUCUGGCCUCAGUCCUCAGCUCCUCCAGUCUCACACAUCUGGAUCUCACUAACAACGACCUCCAGGACUCAGGAGUGGAGCUGCUGUGUUCUGGACUGAAGAGCGCCCCCUGCAGACUGGAGACUCUCAGGCUGUCUGGAUGUCUGGUCUCAGAGAGGGGCGGGGCUGCUCUGGCCUCAGCUCUGAGCUCCGCCUCCUCCCACCUGAGAGAGUUAGACCUCAGCUACAACCAUCCAGGACCCUCAGCAGAGCUCCUGACCGCUCUACGGGACGACCCCCACUGCCCCCUGCAGUCUCUCAGGUUGGAUCCUGCUGGAGAACAGUGGAUGGUCCCAGGUCUGAGGAAGUAUUCCUGUGAGUUUUCUCUGGAUCCAAACACAGCUCACAGAAACAUCAAACUGUCUGAGGACAAACGGACAGUGACCUGUGUGACAGAGGAGCAGCAGUAUCCAGAUCAUGAGGACAGAUUUACAGACUAUCGUCAGGUCCUGAGCUGCACUGGCCUGAGGGGGCGCUGUUACUGGGAGGUGCAGUGGGGCGGAGCGAUGGUUGAUGUAGUAGUGAGUUACAGAGGAAUCAGACGGAGAGGACCAAAUAAGGAGUGUUGGUUUGGAGGCAACGAUCAGUCCUGGAAUCUGAGGAUCCAUGAGGGGAAUUACUAUUUAUAUCACAACAACAGACAAACCCACCUCUCCUCCUCCUCCGCCGUCCCCCGUUUCUCAGGUCGAGUGUCUGUGUUCCUGGACUCUGAGGCUGGAUCUCUGUCCUUCUAUGAGGUUCUCUCUGAUGGAAAACUGUUCCACCUCCACACCUCCAGCUCCUCCUUCACUGAGCCUCUGUUUCCUGGGUUUUCAGUGUGGAGAAAUGGUUCCUCUGUCUGUGUUGGAUCUGAGGAGAACACUUCUCUGACUCUAAUGAUAUAAAACAGGUUCAGUUUUUCUUCAUUC